UCUUUAUAGCGAUCCGGCGCACUCGGGUUAAUCGGCUAUGACCGGCGACACACUUGAUUUUGAGCCGAAAUUGCGCCCUCAUCCCGCCGGGUAAGCUGACUGAGCUGGAAAUUUUUGACAGGCAAAGAUGGUUUCAAGCUGGCGUCCUUGGAGUCGCUAUUGACACCGAGUUUACAGGCUUAAGUUUGAAUGAUGAAACAAAGAACAGUUUGUUUGACUCCGUUGAGGAUCGCUACACCAAACUAAGGCAAAGUGUACAACAGUUUACAAUUAGUCAGAUAGGAAUUUCAGCAUUUUUGAAGGAAAAUGACAAGUACAUUGCACACAGUUACAACAUGUACCUCUUUCCUGCAGUCUUUGGUCCUGUUGAUGUCAGGUUCAUGAUUCAGGCAUCAAGUUUUGAAUUCCAAAGGCAGUAUGAUUUUGACUUUAACAAGUAUGUGUAUGAGGGUGUAUCGUUCAUGAAUGAAGAACAAGAAAAACAACUCAUGGCUUUCCUGAAGAGGAGAGAAAUCACAGCUGGAGUGGAAAGGGAUAUUGAUGAAAACCUUGUGCAGGAGGUUUGCUCUGAGGUAGCUGAGUGGUACACUAAGGCUGAAGUGGGGGAAUCUCACACAGUGCUGAAAAAUGAUGGUACAAGAAAACUGAAAUACAACUUUGUUUUUCAAAAUGAACUCAGAAGUCGGUUUGAAGGAAUUUGGACAUCAAUGGAUGAAGAUAGAAAUCUUGUAGUGACAAAAGUAACACCAGAGGAAGGAGAAAAAGUUACAGCUAAACCAAGAACAGACAGCUCAGAACUUCACCGUAGUCUUACUGGAUUCAGGAGAUUAUUUCUGCUUCUAAUUGAGCAACAGAAGCCCUUGCUAGGACACAAUAUGCUGAUGGAUCUGCUACUGAUUUAUGAUAAAUUUCACAAACCACUACCAGCCCAUUACAGGGACUUCAAGACUGAAAUACACAGGAUUUUCCCUUUGAUUAUAGACACCAAACAGAUUUCAACAUACAUGAUUAGAAAGAAAAUAGAUUUGAAAUUUAAUUCAACUCUUGGUGGUCUCUACAAAGUGUUAAGCAGUCCGUUGGGUCAACAAUUUGUGAUAUAUUCGCCUAUCAUUGCGCACGGAGAAGGAUUUGAAAACUACAGCCAUGAGACAUUCCUCCCUCAUGAAGCUGGUUAUGAUGCGUACAUGUGUGGCUACUGUUUUCUAAGGUUGUGUCACAUCAUGACUUUUAUGAAUAUACCGUCUACAGAGGUAGUGUCCUGUACGUUUACCAGAUAUUUGAAUGUGAUGAAGGAGUUCCACAACAAAGUCAAUAUCAUCAGGGCCAGUGUCAACAGUGUGAAUUUAGCAGGCAGUGAUAGCGAGUCACAACGACCACUGGUGUUUGUUCAGUCCAAAACCUCUUCUUUCCAACUGAGUGCUUACAAGCUAGCGAGAGAGUUUUCAAAGUUUGGAACAGUUGAUAUCAGGUUACACAGCAGAUAUAAAGCUCUGGUGGCCACAGGGAACAUAUUCUGUGCUAAGGACUUGGUACAGAAUUAUCAGAAUGACAAAAGAAUGUCUGUCCAGUAUUACAGUAGAUGGAAACACUCUCCCUAUGUCAGACCCGCUCUGUUGACUGGUAUAGUGGUGUCUGGAGGUUUGUGUCUGUGGGCUUUAUGGUACAGUAGGAAAAACAACACGUGAUACAUGCAUCUGUGAUAGAUCUUGCUGUAAUAGAGAAAUCUGUGAUCAGGAGGUCCAAACUGGAUUCUGGCUUCAGCAGAUUGACUUUUAUGGGCUUCAGGAACAGUGCCAAACAACAGUGUUGCUUUCACUUAUUUACUGUCAAUUUGUUGUUCCAUUUUUCAGCAAAAUAAAGGAUUUUUAUCAGA